AUGUCGACCUCAGCCACCAAGACCACGCUCGGCGAGGCGCCGCAAGCGUCGGACAAGGCCAGUCCCUCCGCGAUGCAAGCGAACCUCGGCUCCCCGAGUGGUGCGCCUCGCGUAGUGCGAAUCGCGGCAGUGGGGGAGCAUAUAAGGGGCUACCUCGCGCCGGACGACGCCGUUGGGAUCGCGCCAGCCAAGCAUUCGAGGGUGCUGCCCGUGCCUGUGAAAGCGGGGCCGCAGAAGACGGUCGUAGUGACCAGAGGCGCUGAUAGCGCUCCUGAGAUGACGGGUACCGUGUGCCGUGUACCGGACGUGCGUCCUGGUGCGGAGAAGCCAUCCGCGAUGCCGGCAGAGCUCUUCCAGUAUGUCGAGGUCCAACUGAAGCGCGCGCAGCUCAAGCCCAAAGCUGCGCGAAUGCGGCCUAAGCGCAAGGUUCAGCGCGGGCAGAACGUCUCUGACUCUGGCGAAGAAGGAUGUUGUGCCUUUUGGGUCGCGGCCGAACAUGUCUGCGCCUGGCGUCGCUGCUCGAGCUCCAGCACGCAGUUCUGGUCUACGGGCCCCGAUUGGGCCUAUGCCGCGGACGCGCUGUGCUUCAAAUGCGACGUUAUUGAGAAGGGCUGUGCUCGUGUGCCGUCCCCCGACGUGUACGCCACAGUAUCCGAGUUCGUUGGAGGCGUGCACCAAAACAUGCGUGGCAAGCUUGCAAUGUUCCUGGUGGAGUACGGCCACUUGCCAUGA